AAAGGUCAGUAACGACGCCGAACGACGGGCGACCCCUGGCUGUUGUAAUUUUCAAGAGAUCGAGAAGGGACAUGGCGCUGGCUACGGACGCCAACAUCAGCAGGUUGCAGCAGAUGUUUCCAACGGUGGAAGGUGACGUUAUCGCUAUCAUCCUCAACGAUUGCGGAAACAACGUGGAGCAGUGUAUCAAUCAUUUACUAGAGAUGAGUGAAGAGAUCAUAUCUCAUACUGGCCCCUCCCAUCACGACAUUGUGAAACAGGAUAGCUGGCCCAGUGUGUCGCAGUCUUCAACUAAGAAACCACAGCACAAUAAGAGAUCUCCUAGAAAAAGAUCCCCUGGCCCCCCAUCGCGAAAUCCAGGGGGUCCCGGGAACAGGCCCCCAGGGGGAAACCCUUCGUUUCAGGAGGGUAAUGGCAAGAGAGUUGGGUCACCAAAAAAUGAGAUGAAGGAGAGACAGAUUAUGACAAAUCCAGGAGGGGGUGUGGCCAAGAAACCUCUGUUGGUGAAUCUGCCCCCUCCAAGGGGACCCGGAGUACCCCCGGUGGGGAAUAUUCCCCCUCGCCCCCCUCAUAAUCAAACUCCGCCCAACUGGCAGUACUAUUCCGGUGGACGUCCUACUUAUCCCCAUCCCCAGGCAAUGUUUGGUGGAGUGGUAUAUGGAGUAGGGGCCGACCAAAAGCACAAACUGCAACCGCGGAUUAUUGCACCGCCUGGUGGUAUACCUAGGGGACCACGUGGCGGCGCCGUGUUUAGACCCAAUGGUCAGUUUGGACCCGGUGGUCCCCCUCGGGGUAUAAUACCAAUUGGACCGAACGGUGCGCCAUUGGUACAUGGUGGUAUGGUUUUGAGAACUCCUGUGAUGCAACCACGUGGUGCAAUCCCUAUCAAUAUGAGACCUGGUGGUAUGGCUCUGGCCUACAAUGGUAGACCUUUGGUCCCUAGUGGCACCCCUGUCCCCCACCCUACGUCCGAACCACAAAAAACUACAAACGUGACAAACAAGCAAAGCCAAACGGUGACAACCACACCACAACCACUCAACUUGACUCAGACUGUAGUAAACAAUAACGGAAUGAGGACGUCGGGUUCGUCGGUGUCUGAUUCCCAUUCCCCGGAACCACACGGGACCGGGUGGCCAGUGGAGAUAGAGUCUGAGACCGGAACUGAACAUCUCUCCACCACCCAGGAUGACGUCGAGACUGGGGGAGAUAGUACAGGAGACAGUCGUAUGUUGGAGAAAAGCAGGCAGAGAGUGGCUGUCUUGGGCAAAGAACGACAGCCCCACUCCCGCUGAAAAGAGACUGAUUUUACUGAGAGGUCUUCCUGGUAGUGGCAAAAUCCACUCUGGCUAGAGAGAUCGCUGGCAAAAAUGGGGUCAUCUGCUCUACCGAUGACUUCUUCUAUAAUGACGGACGAUAUAUAUUUGAUGCUAGUAAGUUGGGUGAGUAUCACGAUCUAAAUAAGGAAAAAGCUCGAGAGGCAAUGCUGAUUGAGAACUCCCCUGUGGUAAUUGACAAUACCAACACCUCCGCCUGGGAGAUGAAACCUUAUGUUGAUAUUGCCAGUUCAAUGGGGUACAUGGUAGAAAUAGUAGAACCUACCACACCGUGGAGAUUUAACCCCUCUGAGCUGGCUCGGCGAAACAGCCACGGAGUCCCCCGGGACAAAAUUGAGAAAGAUGUUGGAGCGAUACGAGCAUGGAGUCACUGUUGAUAGCAUCCUCGCCCGCCGUAAACCGACGAGAGAGAGGGCCUCUCACAGCUUCUCAAGGAGAAGAGAAAACUGCGGCCGAGGUGGUCAUGUGACUAGUCAUGUGACUGGUCACAUGACCCCAGCCCACCCCCACUAUGCCCGAAGUUUCCGUCCUUCUCAGUCCCACAAACAACAGGAAACUUCUAAACCAACUUCUUCAUCUUCUCAUUUCUCACCCACUGAACUCACCUCGACCUCCGGCACCAAGACGUCUCAGGCUCCACCCAGCAACGUAUCUCUCUCUUCUUACUCGUCCAAUGGUCAAAUUUGUUCUUCCCAUAGCUCCCCUAACAUUGCUUCACCCCACUUUCCUGCUACCGCUGGUCCAUCCCAUGUUGCUCCUAAUCUUGGCUUACCCCGUCCUUCCCUUAACACUGCUCCUAACAUCGGCUUAUCCCACAUGUUCCUUCACAUGCUUCGACCCACGCUGCUCCAGACCUCGGCUCACAUAGUUAUAUAAACGUUGGCUUGUCUCCUAACACUGCUACAUCUGGUGCUGCCCCUAAUAUUAACUCCUCUUUUUCAUCCCCAAAACUUGGCCCAACUUCUAUUUCUAGCGGUACCCAACAAACUCACUCUACUGGCAAGUCUUCUGUCCCUAUUACAUCAUCCCACUCUCUCCCAAAUCUUGGUAAAACAACCAACAGCAGUGGUGCAUCAGGCAGAAACGACACCGCACCUUUCCUAUCGCCUCCUCUACCGCCAACCGCACAGCUCCACAUGUCGAAACAUUCACCUGCCAACUUUAACUCCCUGCACGACCAGCGAGCUGGGAAUAAGUCAAACGCAGCGCAGUCCGUUGCUAUUUCUCCCUCUGGGGCUCCUGGUUCUACCGGUGAUCCUCUCUCUCCCUCCCCGUCCAAUCUCACCAAGGAGGAGGAAGAACAGAGGGCGGCAAAGAUGUCCAAGAUCUGGGGAGAAGGGAGACUCUCGGACGACACGGAGGCUCAUCUUGAUCGCGAGACGCAGACUGUUUGGGGGGAGGGGGUCUGGGACGCUGGGCUCUCUCGCCCUGUCCCGGGACGUAAAGGUGCCACUAGUGCAAAUUUGAGCUGGGACCGGUUUGGUAGUGGAAGUGGUUCUAACGGUUUGGGUUGGUCUGGUUCGGAGCGUGUGGGGGGUGAGGCGGUGAGCGAUCCUGUUGAAAUAAACGGCUUAGUGGGACACCCGCUGCCGUGCGAAUUUGGUCCAAUCGGCAAACAGACCAAACGAAAACAAGAUACCAAGACUGACGAAAAUGGUACCACAAAGACCAAAACAGCUACCAAUGGUACCACAUUGGUAGGUAAUCCAAAGGAAAAUGGCAAAGUCAAGAAAAACCGGGCAUCUGGUAAUGGAAGCCAUUCACACGACAAGACUAGUGAUACAGGGCAGGGCAGACGGCCGUCUCAUUCAACCAGACACAGAUCAUCCAGCACUGAGCUGUGGGUGUCGGCUGAAACUGAAACUUGGCCGUACGAGGAGCCCUCUGAGAACGUGUUCCACGAGGAGAAGAGAGAGGAGAGUGUGGAAAAACGCUCUGCAGGAAGCCUUGCUCCCACCUCACCCUCUCUCCCGAGUCACACACACAGGAACAAGUCACAUCUCUCGGACGGGUCGAAAUCUCCGAACCCCUCCCCUUGUGAACAAUCGGGAAGCUUUGCGGAUGACACCUCGUUCGAAGACCCAGCUAUUAUUAACAUGGUAAGGCAAUCCCCACUGCCUCUUGAAGGCGGGGCCCACUUACAAGAUCCUUCCUGGGGCGUCGACCUUGAACCGGAGAACCAAGAGCCGCUGUUUGCUCCGCCCAGUUCCGAGACGUCUCCCGAGCAGCAAAAGACACGUCCUUUGCCGUCCUCCAAACGUCUCUCUCUCCUACUCUCUCCCCCCUCACGUCAACCGGCCCCUGCCAAUCCCCACCUAAUUACCCACACGACCGACACACGUUUCAAUGGUGUCACUGCACCAACCGAUGCCUAUUUCAGUGGUGGAGCCACAUCACUGUCUCGUAGAGAAGACACGGCUCAUAGCUCUACCAACACAACUACUGUUCAGUGCAGCACACCCACCCUCAUACCCGAUGAUGAGGAGGAGGAAGGAGAACUGGUAGUGGAGGGUGGGAGAGACUAUUUCCCCUCCGCUUUUGAGACUGACAGACCGUCGCUUGCGCCUGGAUUAUGCUUGAACGAGAGUGGGGAAGUCCCCAAUAAUGCCGUCAUUAUUACCUCAUCGUUCGAUGCUGGUGUCGUGCCCAGUUCUCUACCGGUCAACUGUGUGUCGACGUCGCCAGCUGAAUCGGGCAACUGCGUAAGUCUGUGGCCCUCGGGAGAAAAGAGUGGGAAAGAGGGGGAGGGGCUUGUACCGUUGGAGGGGUCCCCACAUAGCAGUGUGCAAGAGGCCAGUGGAGAGAGUGUUUCGUACUGCAUUGGAUCAUCCUCUGGCGCGGCGGAGGAGAGACACGCGGAGGAAUUCAGUCCCUCAACGAAAGAGGUACCAAACGCUCAGAGUGACCUUGCGUUUCUCAAGGAGUGCUUCCCCGACCUCUCGCGUCCGUUUCUGAAGAAACUCCUGCAGCAGAGUGAUGGAAACGUCGAAGAGGCAGUGUCAACUGCACUAGUCUCUUCCGUCGUCUCCCCCACACAACCGCCCGUGGGAGCUGGCGAGAUGUUCAACUGGUCACCACUCACUGUUGACCCGUUUUACUUUGGAGGCGGUCUAAAUUACUGGGGGCUUGGGUCUGCAUUCAACGACGGGUCGUCCGCGGCGUCUAUGACUAGUGAGAGUGAGAUGGAGGGAGGAGGAGGGGGGGAAGAGGUGUGGGCAUCGGACGGUGACGAUGAGUGUAUGGAUGACGGCGAGAUAGCACGACUCAUCCAAGAAGAGCUGGAUCUUGAGGCUUCCUCUGAGGAGCCGAGCCUGGAGACAUUGUGGAAAUUUGCAGCCGGGGAGACGGAGAGGAGGGGGACUGAGGAAGAAGACGAUGAAAAUCUAGUUUUGAGGCUGUCUCGAUCUCUGGCGUCUCAACUGCAGCAGAUGUUUGGGUCUGUAGACAAACACCUCCCGGUGGAAGGUGAGCUAAGAGAUGAAGAUCUGAAGGUGCUACUAUCAGAAAGGGCCGCUCGCCAGAUCUGGCAGAAAUGGAUUGACACUCUUGAGGCAAAGAAAGUGGAGAUACUGCUGAACCAAGACUCUGCCGCAUCCAGAGCCAAGAGUGUGCCAGCGACCCUGGUGGCCAGUCCUGAUUCCAGACCACCUGAGAGGAGCAGUACGGAACCUGAACGACUCACUAGCAUCAUGGAUGAACAGUCGGCUCAGCAGACCUCCGCUAAACAAGUGCGGAGGGUGGUGAUGGCAGCGUGCAGCAAGAACAUGGCGCGGACGAUGAGGCUGAGGCAGCUGUACAGGCAGUUCAGGACUCUCAGCAAAGACACCAUCGAAUAUGUCCUCUUUAAGAACAGUUUCAAUUUCAGUUCUGCGGCUGCGGAACUCGAGAGAGAGAAAGCUUGCGAGGAAGGCGUCGACGGGAACGCAGCCAGUCAGUCUGGUCUGACCAGUUUUGCCGGGACUGCUGCCAAGACGACGACGGGUGCAGUCGGACCCAGUGACAAGCCCAGGGCCGCACUCCUCCAGCUACCUUCCAGAUCACCCAGCAGACGUAGAAGAAGACCAGCCAACAAGACCAAACAACCGACAAGAAACAAAGAAGUACCAAUUCAGUCAUUGGGGGGUCUGAAAGAUGCCCCGGCAUACGAUGACCUCAGGGCCGAGGCUGCUCUCCAUGCCAAACUGAGGAGCGAAGCCUUCCAGAAGGCGGCUCGGGCACGUGGCCUCAAGCAGGGAGAAGUCGCUCUCUACUAUGCUCAGAAGGGUCACUCUCACACCGAGAAGAUGAAGGAAGCAAACGGUCGUGCAGCUGCCCUCAUACUAAACCUCCAUAAUGACCUGUCCUCCCAGUUCCUUGAUCUCCACGGUCUCUACGUGGACGAGGCUCUGGCAGCUCUGGAGGGCAGACUCCAAUCAGCCACCGAUCAGGUGGUGCUGUAUGUGAUAACAGGAAAAGGCCUCCACAGUAAAGGGGAGGCAAGGAUCAAGCCAGCUGUCAUCAGCUAUCUCAACAGCAAGGCCUACAGGUUUGAGGAGCUCCCUGGUAAACUGAAAGUAAAACUUGCCUAACAGUUUCAUUACACUUUACCCAACCCCUUUAUACUUUUUGUUGGAAUGAUUAAAUUUUUUACCACAUCAAAAAUAAUAAUAUUACGUACACACACACAGGACCUGAAUGAAUAAAUACCAACAAUGAAACGUAGGACAGAGUAGUCUAGUUGUCCCUCGAUUCCAGUGUAGGUGAAGCACAGUAGUCACCCAGAGUAGUAGGAAGAAUUGGAGAAAGAUGCACAUUUUGACUGGUAGCAGAGGCCAGUUGGGACGUGGGACCGAGUCAGAAUGCCCUCGACUGCUGAGUAGUUCUCUGCAACAAGUAGUAGGAGACCGGUGACCAUGAUGACAGUUGCCACACUCUCUCUAACGACACCAGACCAGUUGUACUGGCUGCGUACGCUGAGACCCUCCGUCCUCUUGCGAUGGGUGUAUCUCAUAUAGCGGAGCCUUAGGAAGAAGGCCGGAGGGAAGAUGUAGAGAAUCAGAGUCCCUCCGAUGGAACCGACAAAAUUCCACACCAGUCC